GCGUAUGGGGACACCUAUUUUCCCCCGGAGCCAGUAUAGAAGAAGAAGAAGAAGAAGAAGAAGAAGAACAUAUCUAAAAUCUGUGUUAAGCUUUAUGCCCAAGUAUCUUGCUGGGCACAUUAAGUGUGCUAGAUUUAAUAUAAUAAAUAAUUGUUCAGAUUUAAAAUGGAUAUGUUGAAAGAUAUAACUGAUUCUCGUGAAGAACAACUAGAAGAAUUGAAAAGUUUCACUGAUGCAGUUAACAAACAAAUUGCUGAUAUCGUUGGCACAUUAGGUUGGACAGUGGAGAGUGUGACAAAUGCGGACAAAGAGUAUCUUACAUGUCCGUAUAAUCCAUCACACCAAUUAGUAGAAGACUCGCUGAAUGACCAUCUUAUUUCUUGUCAGUGGAAAACUGCAGGUUAUGAGGGAUCAGAUUUACCAUUUUCUGAACAAACAUUGCCAAUAGAUUCAUCAUUUUCUGUAAAAUUUGAUGAACAGUUACAAAAUGAAGUUCUGAGGAAGGCCAAACAACAAGACCCAACAAUACAAACUGGUACGGGUGAGCGAUUAAUACCGCAUACAUCUGAUAGACUUGUGACAGAUUUCACCAGAGAUGAAAGGAGAGUGUUUUAUGAUUAUGUUAUUGCCAAUACUGCAAAACCAGAUAUUGGGCAAGACAUUUCGGACAUUAACAACUUGAAACCAGAAGAGAAAAAAGACAAGGAGCUGUCUUUCUUAGAAAUAUUGAUGCAGGAGCGUAAUUUAAAGAGACGUAGAGCCAAGCACAGAGGUGUCCAUACAAACAAAAAAUCUCAUGUUGAAGUACUCAGAGAAGUGAUAAAUCAACAGAUGGAAAUGUAUACAGAGUAUAUUUCUGAGCAAGCUAAUUCUAGAGAUACAACAGAUAUGCAGAAAGCUAAAACGGACGAUUCGAAUUAUGAAACGACAGAAGCAGAUAGAAGCGAUUAUUUGUAUAAAGUGUUUCAUGACUCGCCGCAAAACUAUGACGAUCCCAAUACCAGCGAGAGAAACGGCCACUGCUAUAGCAGAAGAGAUGACUCGAGGAGAGAACGUUCGGAGAAGAAGAGUCAUCAUCGAUCAAGAGAUCGAGAUAAACAGGAGAAAUAUGUAGAUGAAUAUAGCGAAUUGCGCAGGAAGCAUAGAUACAACGAACAUAAAGAAUCUUUCUAUUCGAAAGAUCGGAACUCGCAUAAAAAAGAGAGGCAUCGAAGUAAAGACAGACACAGGGAUAAAGAGAGCAAAAAGAAACACAAGUCUCGCGAUCGUGAGAGAUCGUCCGAGAGACAUCGUACGAAACAACACAGUAGUGAUCAUAAACGACAAGAGAAGAAUAAAAAAUAUUGAUCACACAAGAGCGCUCAUAUACCUCUCCUGUACACGGAUCCGUAAAUCAAAUGCAAGAAGCAAAGUAGUAAAAUUCUUAUCGAAAAGUUAAUACAUGUAUGAAUAUGAAUUUUUUUACCAACCAUAAUUCUCUGAAAAAUAAAAAAGAAUUCAGCACUAAAUACAAUUUCG